AUGGCCAGCCCACCGCCUGUCGCCGAGGACCAGACCCGCCUCCUUGAGGAGGCAUUGGGGGUGGUGAGGCAGCAGUCGGCCUUGAUGCGCAAAUGUCUGGAGACUCCCGGAAAGCUCAUGGAUGCGCUCAAAUGCGGAUCCACACUUGUAUCCGAAUUGCGAACACCUAGUCUCGGUCCGAAGCAAUACUACGAAUUGUACAUGGCUGUUUUCGAUGCACUGCGACACCUCUCCGUUUACCUUAGGGAGAGCCACCCUGUCAACCACCUCGCGGACCUGUACGAGCUCGUUCAGUAUGCGGGCAACAUCGUUCCUAGGCUAUAUCUCAUGAUCACUGUUGGCACCGUGUACAUGUCGGUCGAAGAGGCGCCAGUCAAGGAAAUUAUGAAGGACAUGAUGGAAAUGACCCGUGGAGUUCAGCACCCGAUUCGUGGUUUAUUUCUGAGAUACUAUCUUUCCGGCCAGGCGCGGGACUAUCUGCCUUCUGGGACUGGCGAUGGACCGGAGGGAAACAUUCAGGAUUCGAUCAACUUUGUUUUGACGAACUUUGUGGAAAUGAACAAGCUCUGGGUGCGGCUUCAGCACCAAGGUCCUUCGCGAGAGCGAGAGCGACGCAUACAGGAGAGACGUGAGCUCGAGCUGCUUGUGGGUAGCAAUGUCGUCCGCUUGAGCCAGCUGGUAGACCUCGAAACAUACAAAUCGGGCAUCCUACAAGCUCUACUUGAGCAAGUGGUGCAGUGCCGCGAUGUCUUAGCCCAAGAAUAUCUCUUAGAGGUGAUAACCAAGGUCUUCCCUGAUGAAUUCCACCUCCAUACUCUUGAUCUCUUAUUAUCCGCCAUCUCCCGCCUUAACCCUCAUGUUGACCUAAAGAAAAUCGUGAUCGGACUUAUGGACCGUUUAUCUACAUACGCGGCGAAAGAGAGCGAGGCAGAAUCCACGGAAGAGCCAGAUACUCGCCAACAGAGUGAGGAGGAGGCCGUCACCCGUUUAUUAGAGAAGCUUGAACUUGACAAGGAGAAGAAAAAGAAGCAAGCGCCCGCUGAGCCCGCUGAGCCUGCUGCUGCAGAUGCUCCUAAAGAGAACGGGACAGAUGAGCCAAGCCAACCGAAAGAGACCACGGAUGAACCAGAGCCCACGAACGGAAAAGACUCGAAGGCUGAUCUUCCUGCUGAGGCCAAGCUGUAUGAUAUCUUCUACGACCAGGUGGUAAACUUGGUCAAGACACGUGCUUUGCCUAUCCAGGAUGCCAUGGCUCUUUUGGUGUCAUUAGUCAACCUUGCAUUGAAUAUCUAUCCAGGCCAAUUGGAAUAUGUUGAUCAAGUCUUGGACUUUGCGACACAAAAGACAGCUGAAUACACCGACCAUGCAGAUCUGCACGCCACAUCCACACAACAACAUAUCCUCCACCUUCUCAACGCCCCUCUCCGUUCUUAUGCCUCAAUUUUCACAGCUUUGGCUUUGCCUCAUUACUUACCGCUCCUUACAUCGCAAUCAUACCCUACUCGGAGGUCUCUUGCGGGCGAGAUAGUGCAGAGUCUGUUGAAAAACAAGACUUUCGUCACAAAUCCCGAAAACCUUGAUCGUGUUUUGCAAGCCAUCAGAGUCUUGAUCAAAGAGGGUGCUCAGCAGUCCGCGGGAUACCCAGGGGCUCAAUCGCAACGUCGCGGAGGAGAGACAGAAGAGACAAUCGAAGAACAAGGAUGGCUGGCUAGAAUGGUGCACUUGAUCCAGGGAUCAGACAAUGAUACCCAACUCAAGCUCCUUCAAGCACUGCGUAAAGCAUAUGCCGAUGGCAAUGAACGCAUCCGAUACACCACGCCCGCUAUUGUCACAGCCUCGAUCCGUCUAGCUCGUAAAUUGAAAUCGCGAGAGCAUUACGAUGACAACUGGCAGUCACAAUCAUCAGCUCUCUACCGAUUUAUGCACCAAUGCGUCAACAAUUUGUACCAGCGUGCCAACCCAGGGUGUGCGGAUCUGUCUCUUCGACUAUUCAUUAUGUGCGGUGAAGUAGCAGAUCAAACUGGAUUCGAAGAAGUGAGCUACGAAUUCUUUGCGCAAGCGUUUACGAUCUACGAAGACGCAAUCAGCGAUUCUCGAGCACAAUUCCAGGCAGUCUGCAUUGUUUCUGGGGCCCUGCAUGGCACUCGUGGCUUCUCCAAGGAGAACUACGAUACCUUGAUUACGAAGGCCGCCCUCCAUGGCAGCAAGCUACUUAAGAAGCCAGAUCAAUGCCGUGCAGUGUACCUUGCCAGUCAUCUUUGGUGGGUAGUUGAGAACCCUCAGCGCGGAGAAGAAGACCCCAAGGACCUUUACCGCGACGGCAAACGUGUUCUUGAGUGUCUUCAGCGUGCUCUUCGUGUUGCAGAUGCUUGCAUGGACACAGCCGUUUCUGUCGAACUCUUCGUGGAGAUCCUCAACCGCUACGUCUAUUACUUUGACCAGCAAAAUGAGAACGUCACUACCAAGUACCUCAAUGGGCUUAUCGAGCUCAUUCACUCCAACCUGCAUAACACCGAGGGAGAGCCAAACCCAAGUCUCGACGGCCCCACGCGCCAUUUCGAGCGUACGCUCGAAUACAUUCGGUCUCGGGGCUACGAGGGUGUCGUUACAGAACGACAGUAA